AUGGAAGAAAACAAAACAGAUUUAGAAAAAGUCUUAAGCGGAGAACGCCUUUCUGUCCCCGAGGACACGAUAGUACCAGGUACUGUUCACAUCGUUGACAUAGACGGGAAUCUUAAUGUAAAGAAGAGCAAGUCAGGGAAAGGAAACAUUAUUCUUCAGCCUCAGCCGUCUGAUAAUCCCAAUGAUCCACUUAGAUGGAAGAAACUGAAAAAGCAUGCACAAUUUUGGCUUUUGUGGUGGUGGGCUUUUCUUUUGGCAGUAACAGUGAAUUGGAGUGGGCCAAUAUGGACAGAGUGGACCGAGCUGUUUAACUGCACCUAUAUGCAAUUGAAUAUAAGUUCGGCGCUCUCUUUCCUCUUCUUGGGAGUUGGAUGCAUCUUUCUUCAGCCGACGGCAAUGAAAUUAGGUAGAAGGUUUGUGUACUUACUCUGUACUGUGCUCGCGAUAGUAGCAAACAUUAUAGGUGGAGUGUCUACAAAUGUUAAUUAUUUAUAUGCUGCAAAUGUUUUAGGAGGACUUGCUGCUGCCCCUGUUGAUUCUUUAGUAGAAAUAUCUACAAUGGAUGUCUUUUUCCAACAUGAAAGAGCUGAAUACUUAUCAUGGUUUAUCUUAGCACUUUACGCCGGCUCAGAUCUUGGGCCCGUUGCAUGUGGCUAUAUUGUUGAAAGAAUGAGUUGGAGAUGGUGCUACUGGAUCCAAGUCAUCAUAUUUGGAGUUUUAUUUGUUAUUCAGUUAUUUUUUAUGGAAGAUACCACUUUUUACAGAGGAGAUAAUGAAAUAGAAGAAAAUAUUUUACAACAAAUAAAAUCUGAAGAAGUUGUAUUAACAGCGAUUAAGAGCGGUGAGAUACCACAAGAUAAUGGUAACAAAUACCUCAUACAGAAAACUAGGAGAGCAGAUGACGACCUAUCUGGUGAUGAAAUUGAUUCUGUCAACCAUUCCAUUCCUAAACGUACUUAUUUGCAAAAGUUAAGACUAAUAGAAAUUGAGUAUAAUGAUCCGAGAACCUGGCCCACUAUUUUUAUACGGCCCUUCUUCUUAAUUCCAUUUCCCGCAAUUUUAUGGGGUGGUUUGGUCUAUGGAUCUCAAAUGAUGUGGUUAUCUUUAUUGGCUACUACGCAAUCCGAAAUUUAUGCUGUUUCACCGUAUUACUUUUCUACAGCACAAGUUGGUUUAACUAAUAUAGGAGCACUCGUGGGAUCAAUUUUGGGGAUGGUAUACGGAGGAAAAUUUGUUGAUUGGCUCACAAUAAGAUUGGCUAUACGUAACAAGGGUAUAUUGGAACCAGAGUUCAGAUUGUGGGCGAUGGUACUUCCUGCACUUUUAAAUGCGGCUGGCCUUUUGGCAUAUGGUUUGGGUUCAGUUUACGAAGCCCACUGGGCUGUAUCGGUAGUACUUGGGCAAGGUUUCCUAGGUUUUGCUAUGGGAUCAUCUGGUGGAAUAUGCUUGACGUAUACAGUCGAUAGUUAUGCACACCUUGCUAGUGAGGGGUUAGUUCUUAUGCUCUUUAUCAGAAACUGUAUUGGUAUGGGAUUUACGUUCGCUAUUCAACCUUGGCUUGAUGUAUGUGGCUUGAGUCUAACCACAUGGCUCAUGUUUAUGAUUUCACUAGUCAUCAACUGUAGCUUCAUUUUGAUGGUAAUAUUUGGUAAAAGGUUUAGAAGAAUGACACUGAAUAUUUAUCAUAUUAUAUCUGAACCUACCUUUGGAGAGUACUUCAAAAGCUGA